GCACGCUCAAAGCUUUUUAAAAUGUUGUUUAAAAAUUAAGCAGAAAGAGAUCCGCUGGUAAAAUAAUGAAGCUGUCCGGAGCAGCAUUCUCCGGAUCCCACUUUGUCCGGGGCUUUUCAGUGCGGGUUUUGCAAUCGAAAGCGUGUGACACUUUGCGUCCGGCUGCCACAGCGGGCACACCGAAAACAGCAAAAGAAAUAUCAACUGCAACAUCGGCAGCGGCAUCGGCAUCGGCUAUAUCAGCGGCAGCCACGCCCCCUGGAAAGGCGGCCACUUCCGCCUCCGCAGCAACGGAAAUUGAGCAACUGCAGCAGGCGUUAAUCGAGAAGCAAACGCAACUAUAUGCCCUGGAAUCGGCCUGUUUGAGGGAAUCGGAGCGGCAGGUGGAACUGGAGGACAGUGUUAUAGCGUGGCAGGAUAAAUACGACCGGCUCUACGAAUCGCACAAGCGGGUUCAAAAGGUCAACCAGAGUCUGGAGGACAAGAUGCUCAAGUUGGUGGAUCGCAAUGCCGGCGAAAGGGCCCAGUUAACAAGCGAUGUGGCCACUUUAAGUGUAAGACUCGCCCAGGCCAACUUCAAUAUCGCCAAGCUGCAGAGGGAAAUAGAACGUUACAAGGCCGACAUUAGCCUGGCCAUCCAAUUGCUGCAGUGCAAGCCGGAUAGUUUUGUGUCCCAGAAAGUGUCAUCGCUUCCCAUUGAUAUUCAAUCGAAGGUGUCGGCUUAUAUGAGAUUGGAGACGAACUCCCAUUCCGAUUCCGAGUGCAGCAACAGCGGAGUGGGCGUGGCCACCACAGCUUCCUAUAAAGUGCUUCCGGCCUCCGAUUCGCCGCCCCCCUCCGCCUGCCCCUUCCCGCCCACGGCCAUGGUGUAUUCGAUGCGGGGAAUCGGUAGGUACGGCGAAAAUGGAAAUACGGCUACAAAUCCCAAGCAGCAGUCAAAUCAACCCACUAACAACACAAAGGACACUCUGAACAACAACAACAAUGGCAACAACAACAACAGCAACACCAGCAGCAACAACAAAUGCAACAAUCAAACCAACACCAAUAUUAGCAAUAAUAACAAUGGAAAUCAAGUAACCAACUCCGAUAUGAUAUCGCCCACAAUAAUGGCGAAAUUCCUGGAGGACGAACUGAAGGCGAAUGAGGUGAAACAUUGCGAUACAUGCCAGUGUGGCAAACAGGAUCUGCAGGUCCUGGCGGAUGUAUCCCGUUCCUAUUCGGUGGCCACCCAAACGCCACACCAAUUGCAGCUCCAGGGAUCGGGAUUGAAUGAACCUUUGACCCAACUGUGUCUCCGAUGUCACAGUAAUCUGAACUCCCCGUCGCGCACCAACAGUCCGUAUCUGAUGAAGAUGGUGAAGUCCAGUGAUUCCGUGAUUUCGGAGACCAAGAGUUCCGUUUCGGAUCUGAACGACAUGGACAAACUGUUUACGCCGGCCAAAAAGGACGAUCUGAUGGUGAAUCCCAUAUUGGGACAUCAUCGUCUCUGCGAAAGAACCGCGAUUCCGGGUCAGAACGGAGAUUAUGGGAAUGGAAAGUUGACCACCUCCACCAUGAUGUAUCCGACCACCCAUCUGGGUGCCUAUGCCGCCGAGAAAUAUCUCCUGGAGACCAGUAAUCUCGGCCAGCUGCGGAAUGGCUACCAAAGGAGGUUUCUGGAUGGCGGAGGAACAGCCUUGCAGCUUUUGAGUAAAUUCGAAGCUGGUGCCGUGGGAAUUACCCAGGAUGAACUGGAGGACGAGUCGAGUAAGCCGCUUUUAUCCGGUGUUUCGCAACCCAGUCUCUUGGAAGCGGAACAGGCUCCUCAACAGCAAACAGUGGUCUCUGUCAAAAUAGAGGACAUUUGCGAACCAGCGCCCAGCAAGCCAGUUGCUCCAGUGGCUCCUCCAGGAAUUAGCACUGCUCCUGCUGCUCCAUCGGGCACCCAAUUGAAGUCCACCAAUUCCGGAAGUGUCCAGAGUUUGUGGAGCAACAAAACCAGCAGCUGCGAGGGAGCCAAAAUGUUCGAGACAUUCAACAGGAAUCUCAUCAAAACCAUUAAGGCGGAGAAUCCCAAGUACCGAGGACCUCGUCUGUGUGCCAUGCGAAUCCAGCAAAACGGGCAGAGCAACAUCCUGCUGGACAACCUGGAGUCCAUCGAGACCUACACGCCGGUGAUCUACAAGCGGAGGGAGAAGCUGCUGGACGAGGAGCUGAACGACGGCAAGGACAUCAUCACCAGCAAGGAGAGCAAUGCGCAGUCGGCAGUGGAGGCCUGGCAGGGACCGGCCAAUCCCCACGAGAAUGUGGCACUGCAGCCCGUGCUGGAACCCCAAGUGGAGGCCCCGGAAGUUGAGGAAGUGGAGGUGAAACCCGGCGAGGCAGCCACAAAUCCCCAAGUGAACUCGCCCAAGCACUCGGCCAACUCCAGUUCCGUGAGUGAUGCCAUCGACUACCAGGAAAGUGUCCUUCUGCGGAGGCAGCAACUCAGCAGGGUGGCCGAAUGGGUGCAGCACAAUACACAGCAAUUGGAGCAGCGGAAUCUCCAACAGGCUCCGCCCACGAGUGACUCGAAUUCGGGAACGGAAAGGCAGUCCUCGUACUCCACACUCGACCGCAUGGACUCCAUAUCCAUAGAGAAGCUAUCCAUGGACUCGGGCUACAAGACAACGCCGCAACAACUAACCAAUGGAUAUCCGGAAAAGUCCACCGAGGACUCGCUGUCGCCCAAAACGGAUAUCACCAGCAAUUCUCUGCCGGAAAAUCCAAUGGGAAACCCAGCUCCGCCGCAGAAAACGGAAAUGUGCACCACCUACUACAGGAGAACCACGCGGUCGGGACUGCCAGUGGCAUACACCACCGUGUCCGGGGGCCCCAAUGAUUCCAGUCCGCCCGGGGAGUCCAUCUCCUCCGGAUCGGAGGCACUCGUCUGCCCCGAACAGCCCACGUGUGAUAUACUGAACUACAAGUACUACCCCAAUGACACGGACAAGACGCGAUCCGUGCAGGCGGAGCUGCACACGACCACCCAGAAUGUGGACAUUGCCCAGAUGGAGUACAAUGUGAAGCAGUUCCUGCUCAAGCAGAACGAGUGGUCGAUGAAUGGAGGAGGAUCGGGCAAUCCGGGAUCGGCCACUCGGCUGCUGCAGCGCAGGAUUCUCGGUCCGGGAGUGGGUGAGCGGGUGAGGAUGGCCACUCCGGGCGGAGCCGUGGCCACCAAGACCAGCCAGUAAGACCACCACCCAGUCAGCCGGCAUCCUGCCACCCCACAGAACUGAAACGAAUUUAUAAGCAAACGGGGUCUCAGAGUGCGCCACACAUCCGAAGAGGAAACCAAACUGUAUUCUAGGCUAGUUUUGCUACUUUCAACUCCAACUCCACGGUCUAUAACAAUACGAUAUAGCAAUGCUUAAGUUGGGUGAGGGGCUCUCAAAACAAAACCAAACACAAUGCUAAUAGCAAUGAUACUAUACAUAUGUACGAUAAAUGUAAUACACCACAGUCUACAAUCUAAGCUGCUUAAGAGUUGCUUUGGAGCUAUAACUAAGCUGAUAAUAUGGAUGUCAGGGGUUUAAAAAUAUCUAGGCGUUGGCUUAAAAAAUGUAUAAUUUAAACUACUUAAUUGAUUUUCUAUUCUGUCAAACUCCUGGAAAUGUAUGCUUAUAAUUUAAUAUAUUACAACAUUUAAGAGUUGUAUUUUGUUACAGUUUGUAAGGUUCAGAAUUAAUAAUUUGUAUAAUAAUAAUUUUGUUGUAUUUUCUCACGGUUUGUAAAAAGGCUGACUAUAAAAUUCAGAAUUGAUAAUUUAAUAUGUUUGUGCACAACUUUUACAAAACGCAUUUAAACAAUCCAAAUCAUUUAAAAUAUUUUUAUAAAUUGAAUUGUUUCUUUAAAAGAUUAAAACAAUUAUAGUGUUUAUAAUGUCCAAAUGCUUUAAUUAUUUUCUACUUAUUCAAGACAUUCUUCUUUUCCCAAUUUGAUAUGAUUAUUUUCUCAAAUGUCUUCCCUAAAUCGAAUGUUUCUACUUUCUACUUAAAAUAACGCCACAAAUCCAAAACCCCUUAGCAAAUGCAGCUUAAACCAAAAGCAAAUCUAAGACAUAUGAUAUGGUACUCCUUACGAUAUAACAGAAAAUUAUAUACAAAAAACUAAAACCGCGUAACUUUUUGAUGUCUGCAUGUUAAUAUAACCCACAAGAAUUCGAAAACUUUACCAAAAACAAGCUUAGGUUACACUGGAAAUAUAUAAAUUAUAUUUAUAGGGAUAUACAGAUAAUUAUGCUAUAUACGAUGGAUAUUUGAUAAGCGCGUUAUAUUUUCUAGAUUCCGAUUGUGCAAUAUUUUUUGGUAGUGUGUGAGAAGCGAAAACGAAUUUUUAUUUUUAUAAAAUGCGACCAAAAAACGGGGAAGAACUUUCUGAUAUUUGAUUUCUAUUUUCUAUUUGAGCAUUUUGUCCAGCCGCAAAAAGCUUAGCGCUUUAUAGCAAAACCCGAUCAGUCUAUCGAAGAUAUAUAUACAAGUAUUGUACCUUUUUGCCGGAAAAAAAACUGUACUCAUUCCUGCCCGUUAGAUGACCUUCAUAUAGAGAACUGUAUCCUCUGCUAACUGCUAAAUCAAAGAUAUAUUAGCCACGCUAUAUACACGUACACCCAAAAACAGAAUCAGAAUCAGAAACACUUGCAUUAUAAACGUAUCUGAACAGACAUAUGAUUGUAAUACCCACAUAUAUUUACAUCUAAAACAUAAUAUAUAUAUAUAUAUUCACCCUAUACGUGUAUACCCGACCCACAACAACACUCAACGGCUUCAGAUGAACCAACCAAAAAUACUUUUCUACAUACUCCCCACAUAAAUCAUGAAUCAAAAUUAUAUUGAAUGCCGCGAUACUAACUCGAUAUUUACACGCAUGUAUGGCUGCUAUCUAUAUCUCUAUAUCUCGAUUACUUUACCAUGUAUACACUGAGCGAAAUGCUGAAAUGGAAACGCUUUAAGACACUGUUAUGUUUGGCCUACUUAUAUGAACGUUUAAUUAGCAUAAAUUCAACUUCGAAUAGAGCAAAGAAAGACCCAACUGUAUUGCUUACUAUAAAACUAUUAAUCUAGGGAUCCAGCUCUAUAGAUCCCCGCCUGUUACGCACUUUAUCCUACGAUACUAUCGAAAACAAAUCAAAAACUCUUAUUAAGUUCAUGUACCAAUCUCGAAAAAGACUUAACUUGGAUAAGUAACUAAAUCAUUUCCGAUAAUCACCGAAUCACUCUUGCUCCCUCACCUGUAACUCACUGCUCAACGAUCCAGUUUUCCAGCAUUACGUAUGAAUAUCAAAGAAUCUCGCAAUAGAACACUGCCCCAAGUCCCAUACACUGCCCCAAAAAUCCCCAUCUUCCCCUAAAAAGCCCAAAACUAACUUUAAGUAGAACCAUUCUCCAGCUCAACAAACCACAAAAUACUUACUUAAGGCAGCCUAAUUAUAAAGUCGAGAAUCCCCAAAAAACCUUAGCUAAAGAAUAACUAAAACGAAAAAAUUGAAAUGGAAUUUCAGCAAAAAAACGGAAAUAUAUGAAAAACUAGCUUAAAUAUUUGGGCAUAAGUUCAACUUCAGCUGCGACAUCUAGUUUAAAUUGGAAGCCUUCGUUCUCUCGCCUAAGUUCGAAACAUUUCAGAUACUUAGCCUUAUAUGAAUGUGUACAUUUACUGCGCCUCUCGGUUGAUGUAACCAUUUUUGAGCUAUUGAACCACCUUAAUGUGAAACAAAAACAAAAGAAAACACAAAUAAAAAAGACAACAUCAAGAAUAAUAAACCAAGAAAACAAAUGGAAAUAAUUCAAAUA